AUGAUGAACCCAUGUCUCAUUCCUAGUGACAAAUCUCUGAAAAAAGUUGGCAAGAUCUUCUUAAAAAAGAAACAUUCUCUAGAUACUCGGACGGAAUUCGUCAAAAAACAGUUGUACAGCCACACACAUUACAACGACCACAAUGCAGAACAAACUGCAACUGACGUCCAUGAUUUCCGUGACAAACGUGAAACGAGGAAUAUAAACAAACAUCAUUGUUCAUGUCUGAAAGGUGAGAAAGGGUCCCCAGGUAAAAAGGGGAAAAAAGGAAAGCGGGGAAAGAAAGGGAAAAGAGGACAAAAAGGGCCGAGAGGACAAAAGGGAGAGAAAGGAGAGAAAGGAGAGACCGGAGAAGUAACCUUACCUGUAGGGGGCAUACAAACCCGUAUUGGUGGACACCAGCCACAUAAUGGUCAUCGCCAUGUCCAUUUUACCAGCGAUUUUAACAAAGAUAUAUCUCAGGAGGAAUUCAAAGGUAAUAAUUGUCAGGAAAUGUUUGGUGGCAAAGCCUGCAGAAAUAGAAGUUUCACUGCCACAGUGGUACCAGAGAUAUUUCGAUUUCUAAAGAAUAGAGAUGAACACAAUAACGUGACAUCACUUCCGGUAACCCAAACAGAGGACGGCAUAUAUCACAUUCACGAGACAGGAACUUAUCUGGUUUAUCUCCAUGCUGCCAUUUGGUCGUUGGACAAUACUGGUUCGGACGUUUUUGCCGUUGUCCUGGACAGACGAUUAACUGGUCGCCCUAGUACAGUUUUCCAUUGUCGACCUUUGAACAACACUUGGACCGGAAAUCACUAUGACAACUUGCUGCAGACAUGCGUGUCUACUCGAACAUUACAUCUAUCCGUUAAUGAUGUCAUAAGUAUCUACCUAGAAUCACCAGAAGCUGCAAUUGAUCUGUCAAAAGGAGAGACAUAUUUUGGUGUCUUGCGACUGUCGUGAUUUCCAGGAUAAAUGUGACCACUGCAUUUAAACAUUUGACUUCAGAUGGUAUUCGUAGACAUUGUGUAUGGCUACUGAAUAGGGGCAUAUUGAAGUUUUAUGUUGGACUUGUAUUCGUGAAUAUGCAUUCAUUUUGCAAUUGGAGGUUAUUUUUGAGACUAUUAAAUCAAUAUAUAAUUUAUAUAUAUAAUUUAUAAUAUUAAACAACUGAUAUCAUAGUUUAUAACAUUUUUACCAGUGAAAUAUCGAAAAUUAUUCAUUCUAUGAAAGUGAUAUUUUUUUUACUAAA